AAAUAGGGUGGUUCUGGCUCAGAAGUUUUAGGAAGGGCAGAACUUUUGGCUGAGUCGAUUGAGAUGUGCUCAAACCAAAAUGACUUGGGGAAACAAUGAGAAAUAAUUGUCCUUGUUAAACAGUUAAGGAGCUUCUCUUAGUCAGGGCUAGCUGUUGGUGCUUUUCAGCCCUGUCAGACAACUGUACUCUUUUCUCAACAACAAAUUGAUGAGGUGUUGUGUAUAACAGCACUCACUGGCAGCCGCCUGCUGAGUUAGCCCAGAGGAAAGCCUUUCCUUUUGCUUCCUCUUUCUUCCCCUGCACACAUGGGUCCCCAGCUGCCACCAGCAGCUAUUCAGGAACUGACAGUCUAGGAAUCCUUCUCUGGAGCUGGAAAGGUCCUUGCUGGCAGGAGGUGGCUGUGCUUGCACACAGAGUCAGCGCAGCAGCAGGAGGGGGUUUGCCUGGACCUCCUGUCCCAGUAUUUCUCUGUCUUGCAGUUAUAGGGUCAUGGCUCGUGUGCCUGGGACACAGCUUUCAGCUGGUAUUGGGGGAAAGCCCCAAGCUCUGCUCUGCAUCCCCAAGAAGGGCUCCCACAGGGUUUGGUUCAGCACGAAGCAUUUUGGGGGCUCAGGUGAAUCAUCCCAGUGCUGCUGGCCGGCUGGUUGCUUGCAGUGAGGCAGAGCAAAGCACAGCCAAACUUCACAGCAAAACCACUCUGCCAUUUCUCCCGACCCUGCUGUGUGACUCCUGCCCUCGCUUCGCCUUCCCAUUUCUCACCAGUAUCUGUAAAACUCUGUGUUAGCAGUCUCUGUGCCAGCCCCAUCAGCACCACACGGCGUCGGUGCUCAGCCUUCUCCCAUAGCAAGAGAAGCACAGUUCACAGGGGGAAGAAUCCUUCAGCACAGCGAUGCCGUUCAGCCCACUCUCAGGCAUUCCGUGCCCUUGCUGCAGCCUCCCCUGCCCAUCUGUGCGUGCAGCCCUGCACCCAGCUGUGGGGAGGAUGCAGUGUGAGCGAGCAGAGGAGGCUCUCUGCCCUGCACACUGCUCACAGCAAUAGGGCUCUGCGCCUGCCUGGCUCCAGGAUGCUGCAUCUGAAGGUCCAGUUCCUGGAUGACUCCCAGAAGAUCUUUGUAGUGGACCAAAAGUCCUGCGGGAAGGGGCUGUUCAACCUCACCUGCAGCCACCUCAACCUCGUGGAGAAAGAAUACUUCGGGCUGGAGUUCUGCAGCCAGGCUGGGAACCACGUCUGGUUGGAGCCUCUAAAGCCCAUAACAAAGCAAAUUAAAAAUCCUAAGGAGGUUCUUUUCAAAUUUAUGGUGAAAUUUUUCCCAGUGGACCCCGGACACCUGCGAGAGGAGCUGACGAGGUACCUCUUCACCCUGCAGAUCAAGAAGGACCUGGCACUGGCGAGGCUGCCCUGUAGUGACAAGAGUGCGGCGCUGCUCGUCUCCCACCUGCUGCAGUCCGAGCUGGGUGACUUCCAUGAGGAGACAGACCAGCAGCACCUGGCCACACACAGGUACCUGCCCAACCAGGACUACCUGGACAACAAGAUCAUGCACUACCACCGACGGCACAGGGGGAAGACGCCGGCUGAGUCAGAUGCCCAGCUGCUGGAUGUGGCCAGGAAGCUGGAGAUGUAUGGAAUUCGCCCACACCCUGCCAGCGAUGGCGAGGGAACGCAGAUCAACCUGGCGGUGACACACAUGGGGGUGCUGGUCCUGCGGGGCAAUACGAAGAUUAACACGUUCAACUGGUCCAAAAUUCGCAAACUGAGCUUCAAGAGGAAGCAUUUUCUCAUCAAGCUCCAUGCAAACAUUGCUACUCUGUGCAAGGACACGUUGGAGUUCACAAUGGCGAGCAGGGAUGCCUGCAAGGCUUUCUGGAAGACAUGCGUGGAGUACCAUGCCUUCUUCCGGCUGUCUGAGGAGCCCAAGUCAAAGCCCAAAGCCCUUCUGUGCAGCAAGGGCUCAAGUUUCCGCUACAGUGGGAGGACGCAGAGACAGCUGCUGGAGCACGGGAGGAAGGCAAAGAUGAAAAGCUUACCUUUUGAAAGGAAGCACUAUGCAUCCCACUAUGAUGAGAGGCAGUGCCGCUCCUCCCCCGACCUCCUGACGGAUGUGUCCAAGCAGGUGGAGGAGCUGCGCUUGGCCUACGGCAGCUGCGGCUCCUUCCGCACCACCAGCGGGGUGCACACCUCCGAGCCCACACUGGACAGCCGCCACAGCGGAUCUGCCACAGCAAUGAUGUUUGCUGCCGAGCUGGAGCGCUUCAGGCCUGAAGUGGUCCCAACCUUCCUCCCCCACUCCAAGAGCAGCUCCGCCUUCCCUCUGCUCUACGCCCAGCUGGAGUUGGAGCGGGCAUGGGAGCCCAGCGACCCCUUUAGCAGCAGGAACCCCUUGACAUCCUUCCGCCCCCACCACAAGUUUGCUGGGAGCAGCAGAAGCCCCUCAGUGGGCAACAUGCGGGAGGUCAGCGUCAGGCCUCUGGUGUACAUGGACGUGCCAUGCCCUCCGCUGCCACCCACCCCGGCCUCCCAGCUCCUCUUCUACGUAGACAGGCCACCACCGCCCCUGUGCCACGUGCCCAGUGAGGAGGCAGAGGGAGCGGCCGGUGGGUGCAUCCCCAUGGCCACAAAAACGGCCAAGUGGGGCCCCAGCAGCACAUGGAUGGGGGAACUGCAGCACGAAGCCUCGCACAGGGCUGUGAGCACCAGCAUGGGCCCAGAUGCAGAAAGAAGGCAGCCAGCUCGCUCCUUCGAUUACAGCCUUCAGGAACAGCCUCCCAAGCGCUCCUGGAGUCAGUCGGACAUGAAGGCCAUCCGCUUCCCCUACAGCUCUGAGUUCAGGCCCCUGGGUCCGUGCCCAGCCCUGAGCAGCCAGAAGGCCGGCAUCCUGCAGCACUUGGUGGCCCAGCAGGGCGCAGUGCCAGGGCUGCGGCGUGCUGCUGAGCGCUAUGUGGGCAGCAGCACCGAGUCCAGCGACUCCGAUUCCGACCUCCUGGCUGCUGACUACUGCUCCCUGUACGGCAGAGUGCUGCGGGCACCCAGGGCCCGUGUGCGGCUGUCCUCGGGCAGCCUGCAGCUGGAGGAGGAGGAGGAUGAAGAGGUGUCCUUGGCCACCAGUGCUGCUGAGGAGAGGACUUGCAGGGAGGCCUCCAGGUAUUUCACGUAGGUGCCUCAUGCCUGCCAAAAGGAGAGGCCAGGCAGAGCCAUGCCUGCUGAAGGAUCACGGUCCUGCUUGCUGUUUGUGAAACAAGGGGUUGGCUUGUAUCGUGUGAGUGACAUUAGCUUUAGAGGAUGUUUUAACAGAUAGCUGAGGGCAUCCAGAAUUACCCAUCUCCUGUGGCACAUAAGGAAGAUGUCACAUCCCUGUCACCAGGUUGUUCCCUCCAGGGAUCCAACACCAGCUAGAAGGGCCAGGCUCUCCCAAACCCCCACAGCCACCACCUCCAGUCCUCGCUGGCUGGCUCAGAGCUCAGCCACUGCUGCUGUUAUCAGUACACUGGGUGGAAAAGAAGGCAGCAUCCCAUGAAAGUUCAUAAACAUCUUGUUUUUCCAGGCCCUGGGAAGCACACAUUGAGCUUUGGAGGGGAGCAGCAUGGUCAUGGAGCUGCCAAUGUCCCAGCACAGAGCUUGUCUGCUACCUCACCUUGCAAUCAUGCUCCCAGUCCUUGAGAGCAGCUGCACGCAUUUCUUCCUUUUUUUUUUUUUUUGUAAUAACACAACCAUUACCCUACAACUACAAGUCAUCUACUCUGCCACCAGGAGAAUGGUGCUACCUUUCUACUUUUUCUUUGAUUUUUAAUAACUCUAUGAGACUGUAGGACAUGACUACAAUAGGGACAGUCUAUCUAUGAGAGAUACUGGAAUGGAUUUCAGGAACACAGCAGGAACACAGGAGCUGAAGCAAGGACCAAAUAGAUUAAGAUGUACAAAGAACUAGGUUUGUGGUUACUGUCUCACACUGUGCAUCAUUUUCUUUUGUUUUAGGAGCUGGACAAUAAAAAGGAGUUGUUCACAGCUGAAAUUUGGUUUCCUUUUUGCCUU